UUCGGCAUUGUUCGGAAAUGGUCGGACGUACUACGCAACCACACCCGAGACUGCUGACUAAAGCUGGGGAAUUUUACUGUUCAGGUCCUUCUUCUUUCCUUCUCGUCCGGACAGGUAGGGAGGUGAAAAUGUCGGCGGCUUCUCCUCAACCUCCACCAACAGGGUUAUCACCAACAUCAGGCUGUCCUGGACUUUCGCAACUGCUAGGAAGGCAGCAGAAAACGGUCGGACUGAACGAAUUUGGAAGCCUUUUUCAUCUGGGCGAGAACAACAACAAAAUUCAACAUGGCCGCCUGGUCCAGAGUCAUCCUGAUGCAGAGAACCCCAUUGCAGCAGAAGCUGAGGAACUAGCCAGGUUCUACAUCCAAACAAAAAUCAGUAACAGGAAACCCAGCCCACCCAGCAAGACAGCGGCAACUCUACAGAGAACAGCAGACGAACUCCUGGAACGGCACCAGUAUUUCUUCAACGGCAUGGUCAACAGGUUACAGAUCUCACCUGAAACAAGCUACACAACCUUCAAGAAUGUAGCAGAUGAAAUGUUAAAGGACCAAACAGUCAACUGGGGCCGUGUCGUCGCCCUGUAUGCCUUUGCCGGAAGAAUAGCCGUCCACUGUAGAGAGCAAAACCCAGAGGUGGCUGAAACAGUCGGGGAAUUUCUGGGAAAAUAUGUUGGAAGCAACCUUGAAGGUUGGAUCAAAGAAAAUGGAGGAUGGGAAACCUUGAACAAUGUGUUCCGGAAGGAUCAACCCGUGGAAGUCACCCUUCGGAACGGACUUAUCUUCACUGCAGCUGCGCUGGGCGCUGCCGCAACUGUUCUCAAGCUCAUCUCCUGAACCAGUGAUCAUGCAUUAUCUGUUCCAAGUUGCUUUACACAGCAUACAAAGACUUUCACUGUCAAAUGGAUCACUAUACUGACUGUAAUCCAAGUGUCUGCUAGAAUUGGUUUUCUCACUAGAGAUAGGCAGGAAGAUUUUGCUGUUGAACCGUUUGGCAUGUCCUAGGGAAGUAUAUCUACAGAAUGAAGUAUUUUCACCCGUUGGGCAGGGAUUCUGUGGCAGCUAUAGUGCAAAAUUAGAGGAACUUGAUUGAUUGUGGAAGGAACCUGUGUGGAUAUUUCAUUCCAUGUGGCUUCCAUAGGCAUGCUGUGUGAUUCAACGGCAAAGAAGUGUCCGUGCUUGUCUCUGGUGAUGAAAUCUCAAGCAUUAAGUAGUGAAUCAUAAGUCACAUAGAAGUUAGUCAGACAGGCUUUACUACACAUAUUGUAAUUACCUGCUGUAUCCAGAUUUGUAGAGUUAAGUUUGGGAAAUUGUAAAGAAGCUACCCCAUGUCUGAUGAUCUUGAAUCAUGCCAGGAAAAGUGCUAUCUACAGUGCCAUCUUGCAUGCAGAGAGAUGUUUCUGAAAAACAAGCUCAGAAAAGUCCUUCUUACAAAAGCAAUAUACCACAGAUCAUGAUCUCUUUUGCAGACAUGAGGUGGCAUCUCUUAUACUGUACCAUUAUUACAACACAUAAGUUGAACAUAGCACAAAGUGCCUUUUGUUUAUAUGUUAACAGAUGUAUCUAUCAUUGCUUAUUAAUUUCUGUGCAUAAUUUGUAUAUGGUGUAUAUUCCACCAGGUCCAUCCUGUAGAUAUGAUGCAUUUGAGUGGUCAUGUUGCAUGUGGACGAUGAUAUCAAGGUUAUUUCUACUCAGAUGAAAACAGAAGCUUGUGUUUGCACAUGUAUCUUACAGUCGAAGCCUAGAUGUGUAACAAGAGGCCAAUGCUGUACAGCUGCAGGAGUAUUUAGCAAAUUUAACCAAGCAGCUUUCCAUUGAUUCAUUACAGUCCUAAGAUUGGAAGUCAGAAACUCAGAAGAUACUGUAUUUUGAGGAUCAAAGAAAGACAAGUCCAAAGAAAGACAAGUCCUUGAAGAAAAGUCUACUUUGUAAUGACGUCUUUUGUACUCGUAUGAUAUGCUGUGAAUUUGUAAAUUGUACUUAUAUGGUAUCAGUGAACUUGCAAGUAAGGGAGAACUGCCAUUGGUGCUGGAAACUGCCUUAUAUAGUUAUUUCAAAAUGUGGUUAUUAACCUCCAUCAUCGGUCUACAAAAUACCUUCUGUGCUAAGAUGAAGCAGUCAUAUCCGAUCUUGCCAAAACGUGCACAGUCCAAGUUCCAGUACAGCGCACACUGGUCUGUACAGGUGAAUGCAGUGUAAGACUGUAACUCUGUGGUAAAGACUUGAGAACAGUUUGAACUCGUUUGUACAGGUGUUGACUUGUGUACUGUCCUGUUACAGUGGCUGAGUGUGUGUGCUUAUAUCUGAAGGCCAACCAAGGGGAUAGGUGCAGAUGAAGGUAAAGGGAAUGGUCCAGGCCUGUGCAGAUCUUCUGAGUUUCCUGUGUGUGUUCUCUGAGAGAGUGCAAGCAGGAGACCGCACUGAGGAUCUGAGCUUUGCCUGGAAACUGUAAGUCGGUAGAUGAAGGUAACCAGAAAGGAACAGAGUAGUACACAUUGUAAUCAGGAAACCUGUAAGGGGUGGGUGUCACUUGUGUAUGGCCUAAUUAUCACAUACUAUAUAUUCCACUUUUUCUCAAGACAAGCUUUCAGUGGAAUUUUUUCUUAUCAUGAUGACUCAUUCUAUUGACAAUCUCAAUACAAUUGAUUUGUUUACUUUCAGGAGUAGCGUGGGUGACUCACCAGUCUGGGACAAAAAGAAAUGAUGCAAAUUGUUAGUCCUACUGGUAACCACCAGACUCAGGCUCCCCCAGGCAGCAGGAUCAUUACAUUGCACAAUUGUGUGCUACUUUUAGAGCUUUAUCCAUUUCGCUAAUGGCUAAAUUUGUUUUGAACAUCAUUUCAAAAUUCUUUUGACAGAAGUAUGGCAGCUUGGUUCACAAAAACUGUUCAGUAUUACAGAAGACAUACUUCAUAUUAUAAGGAACACAAGGUAGAAUAGUGUCAGUAAGCCACACAUUUCACUGAAUUGUUCUACACAGAAGGUAUAUUUGUAAAUCAGGCCUGUGAUGAGGUGGAAUAUCAUGGGAUAGCAAACUGCAAAUACCAGUAGGAAAUAUUAGACAGACUGGCAACAUACUGCACAGAAAUGUUGCACACAGGAGUGUGUCAAUUAAUGAAGAUGACUUCACAAGCCCAAAAGGGUAUUUGUUUAUGGAAAAAUGCUCGAUGUUGCCAGUGAAGCCAUCUUCAUUUGUGUUACGGCCUUUGAAGAAGACUAUUAGUUUAAAUUUAACCUCCUCCUUGGUGACUUCUACUGUAACCAAUACAACUUUUGGUAUGUAGAUGGUCACUAACCAGGGAGGCGGUUAAUUUUUCUCAGGUUUGGUUCUUUUGUUAUAGAAGAUGACGUGCACAUUUUGUUUUGCUUUUUAAAGAUAUGUUGAAAUAAAGUAUAUGUGGUACUGGUGGCUGAUUGUGA